GCAACAAAUAAUAAUAACAAAUAAAAAUAAGAAAAAAAAAAAAUGAAAUUUUUGGUUGCAUUAUUAUUGUUUUUAUUUUUUAAUUUUAAUUUUCAAAAGUGUUACUCAAGAGUUGCAAGAACAUCAAGUAAUGAAUUAGAGAGUACAGGAUGCUAUACAUGUAAAGAAGAAGGCCAAACUUGUAAUGGAGAUAUUUUUGGUAUUGGAGAUUGCAAAGAUGAUUUAAUAUGUGGUACUGACAAAGAUGAUGCAACUUUACAGAGAUUCGUUUGCCAAAAGCCAUCAUUAGAUGGAUGUGUCGAUAGUACUGUAUGUGAUAUAGGUUUGUUGUGUGACUUGGGUGGAUCUUAUAAAUGCGAAGAUAUUCGUUUUGCUGGUGUUGGUGAGGGUUGUUCAAAAGAAAAUGACUGUUCUUCAGGCAAUAAAUGUGAAGGUGGAUUCUGUAAAAGUAAUAAUACAGAAUGUUUAUCAUAUCUCGAUUGUAAAGGUUCAGAAACCUGUGAUUUAGAGGGAAAAUGCAUACCAGAGGUUUCGAUUGGUGGUGAAUGUACAGCAGAUUAUCAAUGCGGCCGUGUAUCAUUUUGUUCAAAGUUUACCAAUAAAUGUACAUUAAUUUCAAGUGUUGCUGACGGUGAAAAAUGUUCAGGAGAUUUCAAUUGUAAACUCUUUUCAAAAUGUGUAGACGGUGUUUGCUCACAAGGUCAAUUAAUUUCAUCAUCUGACGACAAAGUUUCAAACUGUUCAUUAUCAACUGAUACCUCUUGCGAGAUUGGAGCUUAUUGUGAAUGUUCAAGUGGUUUAUGUAAAAAGUUCCCAAAUAGUCCAUCUCAAAUCUAUUUAGAUAAAAUUACCUGUAUGAAGAAAAAUAAUUGUCAAAUGGUAGAGAAUCUUCAUUCAAAAUCGUCAUGUUUCACCAAACAUUGUAAACAUGUAGAAAUUGAAGCUUUUAAAGAUAAUAUUUGUAAAAACACUAUCUACGAAAUUAAUUAUCAAAAUGUUGAACACCAAAUUACAGCAGCAUCAGCAUUUUUACAUUUUAAUGCAGCUCUAUUAUCAAGUUCCCUUAUUUUUGCAUUUUUACUUUAUUUCAAAUUAUAAUUAAUUAUUGAUAAUAAUAGUUAAUAAUAGUUACUAAUAUAAAUAAAAAAUAAAAAUUAUAAUUGUAUUUUUAA